UAUAGCGGGCCAGGCGACGGUGGUUGGGACAAUAGUGUGCGUGGGGGGAGCUAUGCUUCUUUCCUUCUACCGCAGCCCGGACGUCGAAGGCAACUCCCCCAUCUACUGGAAAUUCACAGAGAAGAUGACCGGCACUAAGACAAAGGACGACUCAAGCAACAUCUCAGGGCCUUUCUUCUGCCUGGCUAGCUCUGCAGCCUGAUCUCUCUGGUUCGUCAUCCAGGCCAGAUUGAACACCAAGUUCGCUGCUCCAUACGCAAACACAACGCUCAUGUGCCUCAUGACUAGUGUCGAGUGUGUGGUUGUCGGGGUAUGCAUAGAAAAUGACAUCUCAACCCAGUCCCUCAACUCCGGUAUUAGGAUCAUCGCGAUUCUUUACUCGGGUAUUGUAUGUUCUGCACUGGCGUUGUGUAUAAUGACUCGGAGUAUCAGAAGGAAGGGCGCUCUCUUUGUCUCAAUGUUUGUCCCUCUGAUGCUCAUGAUAACCGCUAUCUUGAGCUGGGCCCACCUUUGUGAGAAAGUUAAUCUCGGCAAAUGUUUGGGAUCGAUUCUGAUAAUUGAGGGGAUAUACGUGGUUCUAUGGGGGAAUCGCAAGGAGGCCAAGCAGAGAAGCAAUGUAAACGAGGACGAGAUCGAGCCAGACCUAGAGUUGCAAGCUGAUGCACCGUCAGAUGGCGGACAUCAUGUCCAUGCUCAAGUCUAAAAUAACUAAAUCAAUCAGGAUACUCAAGG